CCCCCUGCUACAUGACGCUGCUGUUUGAUACUUAUUCCUCCAGGCGCCCCCUUCAUCUUUUCUAACGUCUGUUGUUCUACUUCCGGCGCUCGUUCUCAAAUCUUCUUCUUUCUGCUUACUAUUCUUAGCCUCGUCUUCGCGAUUCAAAACUGCACAAUUGACUUAAAAGCAAGAACUAGGGUAAAUAGACCAGUCCAUUUCGCGUUGUUAGCCACUUGUUUCAUUUUCGACCACUGCGUCAGCAUUGCUUUGGACCAGACCUUUCCGCUGCACUAGGAUCUCCUUCUAACGUGUAGUUACACAAGAGUAACUUUCCCGUUCGCGCGUUGGUGAUGCUGGGAAACGGCGGUUCGUACUACAGUACUCACCAGGGUGUACCUUGCAACAUCUGCGCGAGCGCAAUCUCUUCCGCAUAAGGUCAUCUGCAGCUAGUGUGCUCUAUUAGAGCAGCACGUUGCCGCUUCGCAUGCACCUGCGAGAGCGGUCUGUUGCCGUCAAGAUGAGCGUGCAGGGCAAUUUGCAACGCCCUAGGAGUGCGAGCUGGAAGGUGGAAGCUAUUCGAAGAGGUGAUCUUAAGAUCAGUGGACCAAUUCCGAUUGAGGAGAACACUCCGUUGAGUGAUGAGGAAGAGAGGGAGUUUGCUGAGAGGCGUGGCGAGAAGAGGAUCGAGGAGGCACUGGACGUGCCAGUACCUCAUCAGCACAUGAUAAGACAGGUUCCCAACUCUCAAGGAACAUUACGGCAGGAAGAUGUCACAGAAGAGAUAGCGAUGAAGACGGCAAGCCGGGACCAAGACUUUGCACGGCAAGAGCUGGAGCUACAUGACCAACAUCCGGCGCGGUCUCCGCUGAGGUCACCACUGGGAAUGCAUCCAACAGAUGGCAUACUCGCUGGACAACGGGAGAGCGUGUUUCAGCCUAGAUCACAUACACCACCAACACCCUUCAGAGCGACACCUGAGAGCACCUCUCACUCCAACGCGACUGUAAACGCUAAAAAGCAGAAGCGCAAGAGUGGGAUUAGAGGUGUCUUCCGCAAGAUGUUUGGGCGCAAGGAUCGAGAAGAGUCGCAGGAGCAUAACGUGGAGCGCAAUGAGGAGCCUGUGCGCCGAGGGCAUAGCUAUCACCAUAGUGAUCCUGGAAUGCUGCAGAAAUCGCAAACAGCACCACAACAACAACCGCCCACACCUAGUACGCAACGAAUCUCUGACUUGACUGUCAAGGAGUUGCAGCCGCCGCAUCCAUUAGGCCAACAUCUGCCCUAUCCUAUGAAUGUUAACGCACCACCAGCAAGCCCACCCCAUGAGUAUCUGAGAUUCGACUUCCAGCGACCUGAUCUUGGUCCUCGGAGAGCAACACUACCAAAUCUGCCGGGUGGCGUAGCUCAGCGACACAGUCUCGAUGAACCGCGUGGCCGAUUGUCAACAUGGGAAGAGAGGACUGAAGAUGAACCUGUGCCAUCGCCGGGCAUUGGCAUCGCUCUUUCAAGCCCACCUCACGCCGCGCGAAACUCCAUCGGAGACAGGCGCAGAUCCAGGAGUGCUGGUGCUUUGCGAGAACUAGCGAAAGCCCGGUUCUCGAACGACGAUAGCACGACAAGAAACGAUGUGAUCAAGAGCUGGAGGGAGAGUUACGCUUCAGCCAGCGUGUACAGCCAAAACACCAGGCCGCAGACUGCUCGAACAGUGGAGACCAUGCGGAGCGUGCACACGAAAGGACCUACCGUGCAGGAGGCCGAGUCAAUCCACGAGGGGAUGAGUGCGACGCUUGUAGGACCAGAUGAUUUGACACCAAACGAACCUACGCCGCGGGCUCAAGGACCGAGCACUCCCGAGGCUGCACCUCGGGCACAAGACUGGGAGACGCCAGAGCAUCCACCCGUAUCCGCAUUCAACUUCGGCAACCUGGAGCCCAGUAGCCCUCAUGAGCAUCCUGAAACUCUCGCACAGCUCGAAGGCCCACCAUUACCCUCCCGCAGCCCCAAGCGUCUAUCAGUAGAAGACCGCGUCCAGAAUCUCGAAGAAAACAUCCACGCUCUCGAAUCCUCCCUCCGCCGCAUCUCAACGCACAACAACCGGCAAACCAUCAUUCUUGAAUCUGCGCCCCGGAACCUACGAACCCGCACACGCUCUACAUCACGUUCUGUGUCUGCCGUCAGCAUCCACCAACGCGAACCACUCCCCGCCGGAGGUGCUCCAACGAGUAACCUCGCAUACGAAUCCAGUCCACCUUCUCCACCACUAACCCACACCGAGGACACGAAGACCACAAAAGAAGACCUCGCAUCUCUCCACACCCUGCUCAGCGACGAACGCACAGCCCGCCUCGCCCUCGAAUCGCGCGUCCUCGCCCUGCAGACAGAAGUUUCCACGCUCCACAACCUAGUCAACAAGCUCAUCAACCGCUCUACGGUCGCAGUGACGAGUCCUAACUACCCUACGCCUAGCCCGGAUAGCAUUCAUCCGGGGACUGAGGAUUGCAUGCCGACGCCCAAACAGGGACGGUAUGGCGCAAGGAGGCAGGGCACGGAGGAUAGUGAGGUGGUGAGCCCCGAGGUGUGGGCUACACCGAAGGAGGAGAGCUUUGAGGUGGAUAAUAGAAGUCAGUAUUUUUAUGGGAAUGGGGCGGAGGAGAAGAGGUAGGGGAAUGAUGCUUUUGUGAGAGAGAUGGGGGGUAGGGGGUCAAAGUACGCAGUACGGCCUAUCUGCUUGAAGGAGUGGCGACGUUGACAUUUUGCUUGAUUCAUGGGUGGACGAUUGUAUAUUAUUGGGACACAGCGAUGGCGUUCAUUUGGGUUC